UCAAAUCUCACGCAACCUUCGGCUGAUGAGCUGCUUCGACGGGUGCCUGUCCUUCCUGCGCUGCCGGCGCCGACUUGUGCUGGUUCGACACGGAGAGAGUGAAUACAAUGUACACUAUGCCAAGCACCACUCCGACCCAGGCAACGUCUGGGACUCGCCGCUGACGGCGCUGGGCGAGCGCCAGGCCGAGGAGCUGAGGCCGCGCCUGGCGCAGCACUCCGUGCAGCUGGCGGUGAGUUCCCCGCUGACCCGCGCCAUCCAGACCUGCCUGCUGGCACUGCCGAAAUCGAAAGGCCGCCACAUGGUCACAGCGCUGGCCAGUGAGCACAUGGAGGCCUCCUGCGAUAUUGGCAGGCCCGCCUCACGCCUCCGCGCGGCCUUCCCAGAGGUGGACUUUGGGGAGUUGCCCGAGGUGUGGUGGUACGUGCCCGACGGUCACGAGGGCAUCACAGAGGAGGAGUCUCACCGACUCUUCAAGGAGGAAGGUCGCCGCGAGGGAAGGGCCGCCUUCGAGCGGCGAGUCGAGUGCUUCGCCCGGUGGCUGGAGCAACGGCCGGAGAAGGUCAUCGCGAUCUUCGCGCAUGCCGAUUUCUUCAACUGCUUCCUGCAUAAGUUCUUUGGCGACCAGGCGAAGUUCCAGGAUUACUGGAUGAAGAACUGCGAACUGCUGGAGCUGUCCUUUACCACGUUGACGCCCAAGGCGCCACCGGUCAAGGCACAGCGACCCUCAGUGUCGGAGGUGCAUCCGGCACAUCCGCCGCAUGCGAACCACCACCACCACCAGGCCAAACCUGGCAAGGCGGCGGAGGCUUUGGAGGCCUUACGCCAGGACUUGGCGCGCCAGAAGCCGCAGCUGAAGAACUCGGAGCUGCGGGCCCUGGCGGCGAAGGAGUGGAAGGCCAUGAGCCUCGAGGCUCGAAGACGGCUCAUGGAGGUUGCGUAGGC